CUCGCAGGGCGGAGGGCGGCGCGAGGGAGGGAGAGAGGGAAGGGAAAGGCGAGCGUGAGCUGCCUCAAAUGCUUGGAAUAAUUCCGCUUCCGUUUGGAAAGCCGCAGCCUCAGUCCCGCCGCGCCCGCCGCGUCCGCCCAGCGCCAGCUCCGCGUCCCGACCGGCCCGCGGCCGCCCGCCUCGCCGCCAUGGCCACGUCCCCGCAGAAGUCGCCGUCUGUCCCCAAGUCCCCCACUCCCAAGUCGCCCCCGUCUCGGAAGAAAGAUGACUCCUUCUUGGGGAAACUCGGAGGAACUCUGGCCCGGAGGAAGAAAGCCAAGGAGGUGUCGGAGCUUCAGGAGGAGGGCAUGAACGCCAUCAACCUGCCCCUCAGCCCCAUCCCCUUCGAGCUGGACCCUGAGGACACGAUGCUGGAGGAGAAUGAAGUGCGAACGAUGGUGGAUCCCAAUUCACGCAGUGACCCCAAACUUCAGGAACUGAUGAAGGUAUUAAUUGACUGGAUUAAUGAUGUUCUGGUUGGAGAAAGAAUCAUUGUGAAAGACCUGGCUGAAGAUUUGUACGAUGGCCAAGUCCUGCAGAAGCUUUUUGAGAAACUUGAGAGUGAGAAGCUGAACGUCGCUGAGGUCACCCAGUCAGAGAUUGCCCAGAAGCAAAAGCUGCAGACUGUCCUGGAGAAGAUCAACGAAACCCUGAAACUUCCUCCCAGGAGCAUCAAGUGGAAUGUAGACACUGUUCAUGCCAAGAGCCUGGUAGCCAUCUUGCAUCUGCUGGUUGCUCUGUCCCAGUAUUUCCGGGCACCAAUCCGACUCCCUGACCAUGUUUCUAUCCAAGUGGUCGUGGUCCAGAAACGAGAAGGAAUCCUCCAGUCUCGGCAAAUCCAAGAGGAAAUAACUGGUAACACAGAGGCUCUUUCUGGACGGCAUGAACGUGAUGCCUUUGAUACCUUGUUCGACCACGCACCAGACAAGCUCAACGUGGUGAAAAAGACGCUCAUCACUUUCGUCAACAAGCACCUGAAUAAACUGAACCUGGAGGUCACGGAACUGGAAACCCAGUUCGCAGAUGGGGUGUACCUGGUGCUGCUCAUGGGGCUCCUGGAGGGCUACUUCGUGCCCCUGCACAGCUUCUUCCUGACCCCAGACAGCUUUGAACAAAAGGUCUUGAACGUCUCCUUUGCCUUUGAGCUCAUGCAAGAUGGAGGAUUGGAAAAGCCAAAACCACGGCCAGAAGACAUCGUCAACUGUGACCUGAAAUCCACGCUGCGAGUAUUGUACAACCUCUUCACCAAGUACCGGAACGUGGAGUGAGGGGCAGACUGGACCAUCCCCCGAACUGCCUUAACCUGGCUUAUUCCUGUCUCCUGCUCUAUGCUGCCCCCCAAGUCUGGCUGCUCUAUUCCCAGAGAUAGUGGGAACUGAGAUUUCGGAAGGAAAUGAUCAGUAACUCCAUGGGCUGAGCCACCCCUCCCAGGCUCUGAGGACCGACCCUGCAAUGGCUUGUGAAGGUUGUCCCCACCCUGGUGCCAGCUCCAGAUUUCCCUCAGUGUGAUUUGGAACCAACUUAGACACAAAAGCCCACUCACCCACCCUCAGAAGAUGAAAAUAAAGAUAACAGUUACCAUUUAAUGGGUGUAACCUAUGGGCUGAGCACCGUGCUAAGUGCUCUGACCUACUGCUCAUGAAUACUCAUGACUCCCAUUAAACCAGAUGUUAUCAGCCCAUUUUACAGAUAAGCAAACUGAGGCUCAGAGAGGUUAUGUGACUUGGCAGGAGCUGCCAUUUGUUUUUCCUUUUUGAAGAACAUAUAUGUUAAUAACUAGCCCAUUACAUUGCAUUCUCUGCACAUUCUAUAUGUGUGUGUACACAUGCGCCACCUGCACCCUCCAAGAAGACAGGAGCCCUCUGAUCUCACCACCAGGCAGGCUAGUUCAGGGCUCAGUGAUUCACACUGAAAGUGGCAAUUAAUAGUGUGUGUGUGGCAGGAGUCAUGUCCCUCAACUCCUUUGUACAAAUGAAAAUUACUCUUAAUUCCUUCAGAUUUGUAAUAACCCCUUACUCUGGUUUCAGGGUGACAUUUGGGAUGGAUUCUGUUUAAAAUUAAUGGAGUGGCACAUUUUGCAGCCUUUUUGCUUGAUUGCAUGUAAUGUAAGUGCCCUGUAUUUUCCUACAAAGUCAGUCCUCGACUCGUUGUUAGGCAAAUGUACAAUAUACCCAGGGCACUGCAGAGAGCUGGGCUCGGGCCCACGUGAGCAGGGCUUGGGAAGUAGGGCUCUUCAACAGGGACCCUUGAGCUUUAAAGAAAGGAACGCCUUUUUGCCCUCUAAUUGAUCAUUUAGACCAUUUCUGGCUAAGUCUGCCCACAUGCAAUUACUGGCUAAUUCAGGCGAGGAAAAAUGUAAGUUAUUUAGACCCAAGCUGAGUGAUUUCCUUGCGUGGGUUACCCGCAGGCUUGUGGUUACGUGGGUCCCCUCUAUGUGAACCCAAGUUUGGAAUACCCGGUUCUAGUUGUCCCAGCUUGCAGGGCCUGGGAUAGGAAAGGGGCCAAAGUGGGGGUGACUAGGAGGACGAGAAGCAUGGGCCAAAUACUUGCACACUUAGCAUAUAGGGGACACCCUCAGACCGAGGGAUGUGGCUUGUGGUACUUAACACUUGUACUAAUAAGUUGACCAAGCCCUUGGAAUAAUUAAUAACUUGUACUGAUAUUAUAUCUUCAUUAUAGAAUUUUCCUAAGUAGGCUAGAUGGACACCAGCCUGUGUCCCCACCUCCAGAAGUCUGUGCCUGCUUUGUCACUAUUUUAGGCCCAAUUGCACAAAGCCCAUCCCUAGUUUGAGGAAUUCACUGUGAUCUCUGUCUACACCACCCAGAGGGAGGCCUCCCUUCAUGUCCAAAACAUUCCUUCCAGCUUUUCAUCACUUCUUACUCUAUGGUCUAGCUGCAGUCACUCAGAACCCAUGCAAUUUUGAUACACUACCUAUUUCUGGGGAGAUUUUGCUCCAAGAAAGAAGUAUUACUCAGCAUGAGCACUAAAGAUAGAAAGAAAAUGUACUCUUCUGUGUCACUUUGUGUAAAAGAAUACAAUUCUUUUUUACAUAAUUAGUGAAAUAUUUCAUUUGUCAUUAGGAAACACUAAAUACUGUGAUACUUCUGUUUGCUCUCUUUUAAAUUCCUGAUAGCAAAUCAACAUAAAUAAUUGCUUUGUCUCCUUGAGCAGUACGAAAGCAAGAUGAAAUAAGAGGAAUGCAUGCAUUUAAACGUGCUUUGGUAUAUGAAUUUUGUCUCCUUUUUUGUGUUGUUUUUUUUAUAUUCAAGCUGCAAAUGGACAAUGGACAAGUAGCCUUAUUAAGAGCACUACUUUUUGUAUUUUACAUAUACACUGUGUGAAAACACAUUAGAGCAUUUGGAAAGGUUUUUUAAUAGCAGGUCUAAUUUAUCAGAAAAUUGUGCUAUGAGACGGAAGUCUGCCUUAGUUCAGAAUCUCAGGGCCUGGGCCUGGUUUUGAAGCUCUUUCGUCUCAUUUACAGGUUUUUGUUUAGAUUCUGGAACCUCCUGCUUAAUACAUGACUAUGUUUUUGAAGGGGGGUAAAAGGCAUCAGAAAAUGAAUAAACCAAACUUAACCCUCAUCUCUUUUUUUAAAAAAAAAAAAGCUGAGGCAAGAAUCAAGUCUCUAUAGGAUCACUGGGUCCUUUUCCUUUUUCCUCUUUUCUAAAUUUAAAUUCAUUGAUGUUUUUAAUAGUUAAUCUAUAAAUGGUACAAAAUUCAAAAAGCGUGAAUGGGUAUCUAGUGAAAAACCUAAUCUCCCUCCCUCCCUUCCCCCAGCAGCCAAUACCUGUCCCCAGAGGCAACUAUUUUGUUCUGUUUCUUAUAAUCACUUCCAGAGAUACUCCAACAAUAUAAAGCAUAUAAAUAUGUCAAUAUACAUAUAAAAUCACUUUUUAAACAUAAAUAGCAUAGUAUACAUACUAUCAUGUACUUUGCUUUUUUCACUUAAUGUUCUAUCCUGGAGAUUAUUUUGCACUGGAUAUUAAAACUUCUUA